ACCAAUGCCAAGUUCUACCCUAUAUAUAGGACCAUUACCUUAGCUAUUUCAAUUCAUAACCACUUCAAAAAAAAAUCCUCUCAUUCCUACAUUGACUAGUCAUCAUAUAAUAGAAAACCCUUUUGAUCAUUUUCACUUUCCACAUGGACAAGCUCUUAUUCAACUGUUACAUUGGAUACUUCCUUCUUUUCCAUUCUCUUUUGGUUGUGCAUGGCAUAGAUCAAUUAUCAUGCAAUAAAACCCCAUACCCUCAAGUGUGCAAGCAUUACACUAGCACCAUGACCAACACAUUAUCAACUACCCAAGAUGCUUCAUCAUCUUCUUCUUAUUCCUUCCAUGACAUGGCCCUUAAGGUCACCAUGGAUCAAGCCAUUGAAGCCCACAAACAUGUCUCCACCAUGGAAUUAAAUAAUUACUUCAAUGACAAGCAAGCCAAGUCAGCAUGGGAGGAUUGUUUGGAGCUCUAUGAGGACACAAUUCAUCAACUCAAUCGUUCAAUGAGCACAAACAAUCUAAAUGACAAGUUAACUUGGCAAAGUGCUUCCAUGAACAACCAUCAAACAUGCCAAAAUGGUUUCAUUGACUUCAACCUUGACUCUCACUUGAACCACUUCCCAUCCAUGCUAAGCAACUUCUCGAAGUUGCUCAGCAAUUCCUUGUCCAUAACCAAGGCUAUGACAUUAUCAUCAGUAUCAGCAUCAUUGUCCACCAAUUCCAAACAAAUCGGUGGGCGAAGGUUGCUUUCAGCAACACUGAGCCAAAAGAACAAGAUACCAAGAGACCAGGAUCACGGCUUCCCCGUCUGGUUGUCUUCUUCAGAUAGAAAGCUUCUUCAGGUGCCGAGGGAGGAAGCAAAAGCUGAUGUUGUGGUGGCACAGGAUGGGAGCGGGAACUGUAAAACUAUCUCUGAGGGUGUGGCUGCAGCUGCUAAGCUUAGUGGUAAAGGGCGAGUUGUAAUUCAUGUCAAAGCAGGAGUUUACAAAGAAAGUGUUAACAUCCCAAGGACAGUGAGGAACUUGAUGAUCAUUGGAGAUGGGAUGGGUGCCACUGUUGUUACUGGUAGUAAUAACGUACAAGAUGGCUCCACCACUUUUCGUUCAGCUACUUUUGCGGUGAUGGGUGAUGGGUUCAUUGCCCGUGACAUGACCUUCGAGAACACGGCAGGACCACAGAAGCACCAGGCGGUGGCUCUCCGCUCCGGCGCCGACCACUCCGUGUUCUAUCGCUGCGGCUUCAAGGGCUACCAGGACACCUUAUACGUCUACUCCCAACGCCAAUUCUACCGUGACUGUGACAUCUACGGCACCAUAGACUUCAUCUUCGGCGACUCCGUUACGGUGCUUCAGAACUGUAACAUCUUCGUGAGGAAACCCAUGAGCAACCAGCAGAACACCGUGACGGCGCAUGGAAGAACUGACCCCAACGAGAACACCGGUAUCAUCAUCCACAACUGCCGUGUCACCGCAGCAGGGGAUUUGAAACCUGUGCAGGGCUCUGUUGAGACUUACCUAGGAAGGCCAUGGCAGAAGUAUUCGAGGACGGUGGUGAUGAAGAGUAAUAUUGAUGCGUUAGUUAGCCCUGCAGGUUGGGCUCCUUGGGCUGGAAGCUUUGCCUUGAGCACACUCUAUUAUGGUGAGUACAUGAAUGUUGGAGCUGGUGCCAGUACAGGGGGGAGGGUGAAGUGGGCUGGGUUUCAUGCCAUCACUAAUCCUGCUGAGGCUGGGAAGUUCUCUGUUGGGAAUUUCUUGGCUGGAGACUCUUGGAUUCCUGGUAGUGGAGUGCCCUUUGAUGCAGGUUUGUAAAGAAGACCAUUGAAGCAUAAUAGUGUGUUUGAAUUUCAGUUGAAGUCCGCGCUACAAAAUCCUAAUUCAUCAAAUAAUUCUUACAUCACCAAAAAACUAAACAAAUCAAAAUAUUAGGAUAAUGUUAAAAUAAUUUUUGACAUUUUUUUAAUGCUGGUGAAGUAAAAGGUGAUGGAGAUGGAACUCAGAAGUGGGGAACACUUGGUUGUUUGUUAAUAUCAAAAAGUGGGAUGGUGACUUUAUGAAGUGAGGAAAUUGUCAUGUAGUUUGUGUUGGGUUUUCCCUUGUACAGAGGGUACAGAAGAUGCUGUUUUGUUUUUGUGCUCUGUUCCUUUUGUCAAAGGAAAGGGUCAUGUAUAGUUUCAAAUUUUCAACAUUGUAAAUUAGCAUCAAGCUUCCUCUUUAAUGUUCAGUUAAUUGUAAUUAAUAUAUCAAUUCAAGAAAAAGUAUAUAUGUCCACUUGCG